GUUGACAGCACUUCCGCCUCCUCGCCAGCCUGAUUAACCGCUUCGAUGCCUCAUUCCUGUGUUAUAUUCACCUGCUUUUCAAGAGAGCUACAAGAAGCCAGCAGACAUGUACUGAUACAGGCUGUCAGACACCAUCACCAGAGACAUGCUCAGUUGGGACACAGCUUUCCAUAAAGACUCUCCAACCGCAUGUCAGAAGUAAAGUCAUCCGUGAAGAACAUCGUCACAGACGUGGGACGGCGUGGCGAAGUUGGGAGAGUGGCCAUGCCAGCGAUCUGAGGGUUACUGGUUCCAUCCCCACCUUCUACCAUCCUAGUCCUUGAGCAAGACACUUCACUCUUGCUCCUGAUUGGGUCCUGGUUAGCGCAGUCCGUGGCAGCUCCCGCCAUCAGUGUGUGAAUGGGUGAAUGUGGAAAUAGUGUCAAAGCUCUUUGAGUUCCUUAAAAAGGUAGAAAAGCGCUAUACAAAGACAACCCAUUUACCGUUUACCAUUCUUCUCCCUGAGCUGCAAGAGUGGACCUCAAGGAUGGAGCAGGAUGAGCUCCAGCCCCCCUGCAUUAAAGAGGAAGAGGAGGAACCCUCACAACUAAAAGAGGACAAACUGUGGUACCCCUGUAUUAAAGGGGAAGAAGAGGAGUCAAAGCAACCCCACUUUAAAGAUGAGGAAGAACCACAGUAUCCCCACAUUAAAGAGGAGGAGCCACUGCCCUCCCUCACAUUAAAAAGCAAUAGGAAUCAUAGCUCAACUCACAUUAAAGAGGAAGAGGAGGAACACAGCAUCAGUCAAGAGGGAGAGCAUCUUGAAGGACUGGAGGAGUUCCCAGUAAUUGGUGUCCCUGUGAAGAGUGAAGAUGAUGAGGUCAAAGGUGAGAGUGAGGAGAAAAAAGAGGCGGAGCCUCCGAGCAGCAGCUCAACAGAAGCUGAUGGAGACCACUGUGGAGGAUCACAAGCGGACAAGCUCUUAGCUCCACUAUCAGAUAGUGAGGACACAACGUCACACUCUCCUGACUCUGAUGAUGAAGACUCUAAAGAUGAUAAGACAUGUCACGCUGACAACACACCCUCCACGUGUUCUUACUGCGACAAAACCUUCAGAUAUCCCUGUUAUCUGAAAAUACAUAUGAGAAUACACACCGGAGAUAAACCUUUUAUUUGCACAGAAUGUGGCAAAGGUUUUGUAAACAAAUAUGUGCUGGAAGGCCACAUGCGACUGCACACUGGCGAAAAACCUUUUUCUUGUUCAAUCUGCGGGAAAGGUUUUACUCAAAAGCCACAUCUAAAUACGCACAUGAGUACGCACACUGGAGAAAAACCUUUUACCUGUUCGGAAUGUGGCAAAGGUUUUUUAAACAAGAGUGUGCUCAAGGGACACAUGAGAAUGCACACUGGAGAAAAACCUUUUUGCUGUUCAAUCUGCGGGAAAGGUUUCACUCAAAGGCAAUAUUUGAAAACGCACAUGAGCACACACACCGGAGAGAAACCUUCUUCCUGCUCAGUAUGCGGCAAAAGUUUUACACGGACUAGUAGUUUGAAAAUACACAUCCGAGUGCACACGGGAGAAAAACCUUUUACCUGUUCGAUCUGCGGAGAGGGUUUCGCACAAACCAGCGUUUUGAAGAUACACCUGAGAACGCACACCGGAGAAAAACCUUACCUUUGCUCAAUCUGUGGUAAGCGUUUUACACGGACCAACGUCUUGAAAUACCACAUGAGGACGCACACCGGUGUGAAGCCCUUUUCAUGUUCAAUCUGCGUCAAAGGUUUUACACGACCGAGCGAUUUAAAAAGACACCUGAGAACUCACACCGGUGAAAAACCAUAUCCAUGUGUAAAAUGCAGCAAAAACUUUAGUGCUAAAAGAAACCUUGCAAAACACAUGAUCAUACACACUAGGGAAAAGAGUUGAGUUGCAGUGU